AUACUUUACCAGUUCAUUACUAUUGGAAUUCGACCUCAUGGAUGCAGAUUUCAAUUUUCAAACAUUGGCUUUGUAAACUUGACGAAGUUAUGCGCAAAUCAUGCCGAAAUAUUCUAUUGCUUGUAGAUAAUGCUUCCUCACAUAAGAUCGACGAUAAUACCACAUUUUCAAACAUUACGGUACAUUUUUUACCUCCUAAUUGUACGGCACAUCUCCAGCCAUGUGAUGCUGGAAUCAUUUAUAGUUUCAAAAGUCAAUAUCGAAAAUAUUAUUGCAUUGAUCGAAUUCAAAAGUACGAUAAUGCUAUUGCUCAGAACCAAUCUAUUUCAAAUAUUCCUCAAACUAAUAUCCGUGAAGCGAUCGAAUUUGUUAAAAUUGCAUGGAACCAAGUAAAUACCAAGACAAUAACACAUGCAUGGCAAAAAACGGGUAUUAUACCUAAUAAUAUAGCUGUUGAAAAUGAAGAUCUUGUUUUAUCAACAAAUACGGAGCUAAUUGAACUUGUUAAUCGAUUUCCUAUUGAUCGCGAAGAAGUUAGAAUGGAAGCAUCCGAGUUCGUUAAUUCAGAAGAUUUUAUUUCUAUACAGGAUAUGCUGACAACAGAGUCUAUUAUUGCAACAAUAGAAGAAAAAGACGUGUUAAAAUCGGAAGACUCUCCAAUAAUUAAAUCUAUUUCUCAUAAAUUAGCUUUUGAGCAUAUUAAUUCUUUACUUCUAUAUAUUACUCAAGAUAGUGAUAGUGAGCUUCAAGUUAAUACUACCUUCUUAUCUAAUUUAAAAAAGUUAAAAAGAACGAUUGAGACUAAACAACAAAAUAUGUUACAGCAAACAAGUAUUCUUACAUUUUAUCAUUAA